AACAGCCAAAAGGGGAGUUGAAGCAUAGUCGGCCACCGAAAACGGAAACACGAUAUUCAGAGUUUAGAAGGUUGGGCCGUCCCCCUAGCUCGAUGUGAGAGGGAGCUGGGGAGAUGUUCUACGCCCACUUUGUUCUCAGCAAACGUGGGCCGCUGGCCAAAAUCUGGCUAGCGGCCCACUGGGAUAAGAAGCUCACUAAAGCGCAUGUGUUUGAGUGCAACCUGGAGAGCAGUGUGGAGAGCAUCAUAUCUCCCAAGGUGAAAAUGGCAUUGCGAACAUCUGGUCAUCUGCUCCUUGGUGUAGUCAGAAUCUACCACAGGAAAGCCAAGUACCUGCUGGCUGACUGUAAUGAGGCCUUCAUCAAGAUCAAGAUGGCCUUCCGUCCAGGUGUGGUGGAUUUACCCGAGGAGAAUCGUGAGGCUGCCUAUAAUGCAAUCACCUUGCCAGAAGAGUUUCAUGACUUUGAUCAACCACUACCAGUUCUAGAUGACAUUGAUGUUGCACAGCAGUUCACACUGAACCAGAGCCGAGUUGAGGAGAUCACCAUGAGGGAGGAAGUGGGAAACCUCAGCCUUCUGCAGGAGAAUGACUUUGCUGACUUUGGCAUGGAUGACCGUGAGAUGAUGCGAGAGGAGGGUACAUUUGAGGUGGACAUCAUCCAUGGGGCCAACCUGCUGCUGGAGGCCGAGCCGGGGGCCGGACAGAUGGCAGGGAAGUCCAACCACCUGGAGUAUGACGGCCAGUACAAGGACGACUUUGGGGACAAUCCCAUGGAGAGCAGCGAGGGGGGCAUGCUGGUGGAUAAGCUGCUCAGCAGUGACAAUGGAGGGGGCAUUUUUGAUGACCCCCCAGUCCUCCCUGAGAGCAUGAUGAUGCCCCCCGAUCAUGGUGGUGACGACAACGAUGACUUUGACAACCUGUCAGCGGGUGGGCCCGACAGCCCAGACUCUGGUCCUGGAGAGCCCCUCCCCACCAUGACGGAUCAGACGGAGCAGACCACGCUGGUCCACAAUGAGGACGAAGCGUUCGCCCUGGAACCCAUUGACAUCACUGUGAAAGAAACCAAGGCGAAGAGGAAGAGAAAGCUGAUUGUGGACAGCGUGAAGGAGCUAGACAGCAAGACGAUUCGUGCCCAGCUGAGCGAUUACUCUGACAUCGUCACCACCCUGGAUCUGGCCCCGCCCACCAAGAAACUGAUGAUGUGGAAGGAGACAGGAGGUGUAGAGAAGCUCUUCACUCUGCCUGCCCAGCCUCUCUGGAACACCCGUCUUCUCAAGAUGUUUACGCGCUGCAUGACCCCUCUGGUGCCGGAUGAGCUGAGGAAGAGGAGAAAGGGUGGUGAGGCUGAAAAUCUGGACGAUUUCCUGAAGGAUCUGGAGAACCCUGAGGUCCCCAGAGAGGAGGUGUUAUCCCAGCAGAGGGAUAUCAUUGACCAGACCAUUAUGGAGGAGCCCAGCAUGCUGCAGGCUUCGACCAUGGAGGGCAGCAGGACCACCUUGGACGAGUCGGUCAUGCCACCCCCCUCCACACAACGUGGGCACAAGCGCAAGGCCCGGGACACUGAUCCAGCCCUGCCUAUGGGGGCGCUGGAGCCACAACCUGACCGCUCCUCCCUGCUGCAGCAGAUGGAUGUUCCUCAGGUGGACCUGCCCCCUGAGGAGUCAGCCAGCAUCUCCCAUCUCAUCCCCGAGCUGGACCUGCUGGGCGAGAAGAGCAAGGACAAGGAAAAAGAUGACGAGGAAGAGGAGGAGGAGGAAGAGGGUCAGGGUGUAGACCAGGACCAGGAGGAGAAAAGGUGGAACAAGAGGACCCAGCAGAUGCUACAUGGCCUGCAGAGAGCCCUUGCAAAAACCGGAGCAGAGUCGAUCAGCCUGUUGGACCUGUGCAGGAACAACCACAAAAAGCAGGCAGCCGCCAAGUUCUACAGUUUCCUGGUGCUGAAGAAACAGCAGGCCGUCGACCUCACACAGGCUGAGCCAUACAGUGACAUCAUUGUGACCCCUGGGCCAAGAUUCCACAAUAUAUAAAAAAAAAACAUUUUUAUCUUACGACUGGCAGCUUUUAUCGUUUGAUAUUUUUACUGGUUGUAACUGUUUUUGUCUUCCAUCUUUGUAAUUUUGGGAGGGUUUUUAUGAUGGGUUGGGGGUAUGCAUGUUUUUUUUUUUUUAGUUUUGCUUUUUGAGAGGUCUUUGUAUUUUUAAACCACAGCCAAGAAGAUUGUGUAAUAUUGGACAUUCUUUCAAACAGUCAUUCAUCUGUAGGUUACAGAGAAGUGCAGAAUAAUAAUGAAGAUGGUUUUCUCUUAACAGUACUCCCAUCAGUCUAUGUUAAGUGUCACUGCUGUUUACACAUGGCUUUAAUAUUAUCAGUUAAUAUUAUAUCAGUACCCCCCCCC